AUGACAGCAAAACCCUUCAAAGUCAUCAUCGCCGGCGGCAGCAUAGCCGGCCUCUCCUUGGCCCUAAUGCUAGAAAAGAAUGGCAUUGACUUCGUCGUCCUCGAAGCCUACCCGAGCAUCGCGCCCCAAGCGGGGGCCAGCAUCGGCGUAUUGCCCAAUGGCCUACGCAUCCUCGAUCAAUUAGGUUGCUGCGAUGAAGUGGUUGAUAUGGCCGAGUAUCCUGUGGAAAAGGUGCUCUUUCGGGAUUCGGCUGGGCGGCCAUUUUGGUCUUUAGAGGAUUUCGGGAAGGACAUGGUUGAUCGCCAUGGGUACCCUAUUGUAUUUCUCGAUCGCCGGAUGUUGAUCCAGAUACUGUACGACAAGAUUGAAGAUAAGUCCAAGAUUUUUACUUCGGAAAGGGUUGUUGCUACCGAGAAUGCCCCAUCGCAUGUCAUUGUCACUACGCAGACGGGCAACUCUUAUACGGGUGAUAUUAUCGUUGGGGCAGAUGGGAUUCACUCGACGGUUCGGAAGCAAAUGUGGCAGGAAGCUCAGUGGACGGAUCCGACAUGGAUAGAUCCAUCAGAGGAAAAAGCCCUCCCGGCAACAUACGCGUGUAUAUUCGGUAUAUCCAGAGGCGUUCCCGGCAUCGAAAAGGGAACCCUCAAUUCUGUGCUCAACGAACACACUUCAUAUUUCGUUCCCAGUGGACCGGGGGACAGAACGUACUGGUUCCUAGUGAGGAAUCUGGGUAAGACUAUGUAUGGAUCGGAUAUCCCCCAGUUCACGAAGCGAGAGGAAGAAGCUAUGGUAAAAGAACACUGGGACGACUACGUUACCCCGACAGUGCGGUUCUCUGAGCUCUACGAGCAUAAGAUCAGCUCGGUGUAUACGAGUCUUCCGGAAUAUGUUUACAAAAAAUGGUAUUUUCAGCGGAUCAUGACGAUCGGUGAUGCCAGCCAUAAAUUCGAGCCCAUAGCCGGACAAGGCGGCAACAACGCUAUUGAAACAGCAGCUUCGCUCACCAAUUACCUUAUAUCGGCCCUGAACUCAAACACCUCGCAGCCCCUCUCAACAGAGCAGAUCUCAUCUGUCUUUGAAAAAGUGCAAAAGCAACGACAUGGCCGUGUCUGGGACCUAGUAAAAGCCUCCCACACACGCCAGCGCCUCGAAUGCAUGGAAACACCGACGCUCAAGUUCGUCGCCAAAUACGUUCUCCCGCUCAUCCCGAAGCAGGUCCUGAAGGAUAAAUGGAUACAGACGUACUGUCCGGCGGUUUCGUUAAAUAUGCUACCUCAGCCUAACCGCCCAGUGCAGAUUCCGUAUCAUGAUGAGCUGCUUAGAGCACCAGUAUCUCGUGGAUGGUUGGGGCUUACGGUAUAUGCAGCGUACAUCAGCCUCGCUUGGCUUGCUUUCCAGCUUUUGUUUGUUGCCAUGGAGGGAAAUGGUACUCGGGAUCUGAUUCGUAAUGUUAUUGUUCGACGUGUGAUGACGGAGAAGAAAGUUCCUCUUCGUCAGAACUAUACCGGCUUUCAGGGCAUUGAUCGAAUCUUUCAGGUUUUGGUGGCUAUGUUUUUCUCGACUGUGACCAGCCCUUCUCCCCAGCAGAUCGUGCAGAUAUUGUACUUUCUCUCUGUGCUGCUACCGUUGGUUACUAUUUUCACCAUCGAAGGCUUCCGGCCCAAAAAUAAAUGGACGCUUCUUGCUGUUCCCAGUCUAUGGGCAACUCUAUGCCAGCUUCGUGGAAUCGGAUUCAUUGCACCGCUAUACUUCCUGACAAGUGCCUUUGUUUCUCGAAGUAUCGAGUACUAUUCGCCACCAUCCAUGGCCUUGCCUGUACCUACGGCCAAAGCUAUACUUCCGGCAGCGAUAUUCGGCUACAUUAUCCCGAGCAUGUUGUUGUUCUUUCCAUAUACCGACGCGGAUACACGUCAGGUCAUCAUCGCUUUCUGGCAGCCAGCACCAGUGCUUGUUUCGAUCUUAACGGGGCUUUUCUCAUAUCUUAUCAAAUUGCAGACCGGGAAACCCAAUAAUGAUGCAUCCAAGGAGAUAAAAGAGGAAACGGACCUUUCUCAUCUAAACACAGUCUACAAAGCAACAGGUGUGAUAGCCGCUUGCUUCCACGCUUUCACCGUCAUUGACUGUAUGGUCUCGAAUAACCUCUCAUUGAGCGAUGCUCUGCUACGAAAAGAUUCGUUCGCUCCUGUUUUCGAUUUGGCAGACGGUGUUUUUGUAUUCUUUCAGAAUGACUGUCUGAUGAAUGCGGUUGCUGUUUUCUUGUGCUGCAUGGUUGCCAUUUGGGAUUUGUACAGGGUGGGACUAUCGAAUGUUACUUUGCUGGGUGGGCUAGGUGCUGUUGUUGCUGGAUUUGGACUGGUUGGUCCUGGAGCAACUGCUGCUGCUGUUUGGUACUGGCGGGAGCAUUUAUUAGGUGGGAGGAACGGCAGACAUUGAUGCUGUUCAUAGAUGGGGUUUAACCGAGACUAUAGAACGAGCAGAGCAGGAAGCAGUGUAUAGUAGUAUAAUAUGUAUUAUAGGUCACCAAGGUGAUAUCAAUUAAAAGUCCACCGUACAUUCUGCCAUAUAAAGCUUUCUAUAUCGCGGCGGCGAAAUCCAGCAACGCACCCCAGACAUAUACAGAGCCGGCUUAGUC